AUGGACUCGACCACGCGCUUUGAACAUGCAGUUCAGUCGCUUCAGGCAGUCAUUCUUGACAAGUUGGAGCCCAGUCUAGAUAUGCUGCAAGCUUUGAAAGACUGGGCGAAAGUAUUCUCGAAGCAAAUGAUUUACACCCACAAAGUGUCAAAGAGACAAUAUUCCGACUCAACCGGGGUUGCUCAGUUCUUUUUGGGCACAGCUGGUGAGCGGAUGUAUUGUCAUGUACGCAAUGAGCUUCACAUCCCUUUCGUUGACGAAGAAUACCUCGAGUUUUCGGAAUGGUUACCCGAUACGCCUAACUCAUAUCAAUCCAUCGGCAGUAUGGUAACAGCGGUAUAUGAAAGUAUGAGAUCGGUAAAGGCUGUAAAUCAAGACACUGAAAAGUCGCGAGAACCACAGUAUUGUAGACGUGAAGAUACCUUCAAUGAGCCAGAAUCUCAAGUGGGGGAGAGAGGCGGGGGGAAUAUUGGGGAUGAAUGGAAGGAUGUGAAGGAGGAGAUUGGGGGGUUGGUUGGAGAGGGUGAGAGGGAUGAAUAUGAGUUUAUGUGGAUUUGA